UUACACGCUCUCUGGAUGGGGCCACACUCACAGUCUCACUUCUCAUGGCUGCUUCUGCCUUUCCCUCUCUUCUCUUCACUCGAAUUCUAGGGUUUGCAGUCGCACUUCUUGUUCUCUUCUGGGCCUCUGCCUUCACCUCCAGCUUCUCUCACCACAACCUUCUUCUCUGCUCAGUUCUUCAUCCUCUUCUCAUGGUAAUCGGCUUCAUUCUCAUCAGCGGAGAAGCAAUCUUGGUUCACAGAUGGUUUCCUGGGUCCAGAGGGUUCAAGAAAUGUCUGCAUCUGUGGCUUCAAGGGGUGGCUUUGACUUGUGGCUUCUUUGGAAUCUGGACUAAAUUUCAUGCCAAGGAUGGCAUUGUGGCUAAUUUCUAUAGCCUGCAUUCUUGGAUGGGUUUGCUUUGCAUCUCCCUUUUUGGAGCUCAGUGGUUGAUAGGGUUUUGGAACUUGUGGCAUAGAGGAGAGGUGAGGAAGGUGAGGAAAAGAAUACUACCUUGGCAUGUCUUCCUCGGACUCUACACAUAUGGUCUGGCUGUAGCAACAGCAGAAACAGGACUUGCAGAGAAGCUCAUAUUCUUGCAAACCAGAGCCAACUUGUCCAAACACAGUGCAGAAUCUGUGGUGAUCAAUAGCUUAGGUCUAGGUCUUGCCCUCUUGAGUGUCUCUGUUGUUUUUGCAGCUCUUUCUCCCAAGAACCAACGCCAACAACCUCCUCUCCAAACCAACACCAAGGGAUUGCUUUUGCUUGUCUUUGUGUAGCUCCCAUGUAUGUACAGUUUGCAUUUUUGUCACUUGAGUUUGGUUUUGGGGGAGAUGAGUCUAUCUAUCUAAGAAUAUCAUUAACUACCCCUAAUUAUAUUUACAAUAUUCUAGCUUUUGCA